CGGAGGACCUAGUGUUACUCCACAAUCCAAUAGAAUUCAACUCGACCCCGCCGCCAUCUAUCCCGCGCCCGCUGCUCCAUCGGGCGAAGGGAGAGAGAGAGAGAGAGAGAGAUAGAGGCUUGGGACUAACUGAACAACGGAGUGACGGAGUAACUGCCUUUCUAUCGUCUUGUGUACAGGAGUAUUGUUUAAGGCCAAUGGAGUACCUCUCUCGGGACUGAUUGUCAUACAGUGUCUGCGGCUUAUCUGCCCUGAAGAUUACUAUUAUUUACUCCGUACCUCGCCCUCUUUUCUUCUCUCUUGCAAGUUUCACCACCGCCUAGAAAAUUAGUCGGUCCAUCGCCAACCAACCGACUGCGCAUCAUCUGGUCGCAAUCUUUUCUACAUCCGACCUGCUUUGAAAAACAGCCCAGUCACUAGCAUACGAUUCACAAUGGUCGAACUCAUUCCUCCUCCCGAUCCUCGUACCCUACUCCCUCCGUUGUUAGCUUGUCUUCCUACGGCCUUUAUCUCGUCUCGUCCUCCUCCAGCUCUCCUGUCGCUUCUAUCGCCUAUCUUACGCCAACGGGUUGAAGUCCUGAGCUCUGUGUCUGCGUCAUCGACUGAUUCAUGGCUUCGAUUACUCUGCUGGGACCCCCAGAAAGGGGAGCGCCUUCAGUCGCUAGUGGACGGCGCCAACUUUGAACCUCAUCCGGUCUCAGGGGAGAUUGAGCUUCCCGGUGAUAUUCCCGUCGCCUAUCGCCGAUUGGACGAAGAGACGCUCCAGUCGCGUGUGCUAAUACCUGAUUAUAAUCUUCAAGUCGUGUAUCUCUGGUGUCCUCGGGGUCAGGAUGAGACUGUCCCCGGAUGGCUGGUCGCCGAACUCCUCCCCGAUGAGGGGGGUGGGGAAACUGACGGAACUUGGUUGUUCUCGAUCGGAGAAGCGAAUGCUCACGCGAAAGAACAACUUCUGGAGGAUGCUCUAAGAGCAGCGGAGAGUAAUGAGUUGGCGCCGCCCCAGAAGGAAGAGGAGGAAGAGGAAGAUGACGACGACUACUGGGCUCGAUAUGAUGCUACGCCCGCACGUACCCCUUCAGCUAAACCUCCUGCUCCGGGUCGAUUAUCAUCCAUGCAGCAACGGCAUGGUCCGUCGGAGUCUUCCUACUUUGACCGCUACGCCGACGUCCAACCUGCGAUGGACAGCCACGACCCAGAAGAAGAGCAUCCGGAACUUGGACCGACCUCACUUCUUGGUGAUAUAGCUGCUGAGGUGAUUAAACGGAAUAUGGAAAAUGAGGAGUCUUCCUACCCUGAUCACCCCAACGAUACCCACGAGAUGCCGCUAAGCCACCCCCGCCCGUCCUCUGUUUCGUCUUCUAGCUCAGUGGCGAAACUCGAGCAAGAGGCGGCGAAUCAAUCUACAUGUGAAGUGGGAGUCAAGCAGCAUAUUGGCUCGAACAUCAAGAGCUUGUUCCGUCUCGCAAAGGCGACAGGUAUCUCUCGGGCUGAGUUUCAGUCGAUUGUCAGGACAGAGCUGGACCUCUUGAAUGUCUCAGACCAUGACUAAUUUGCUGUGAGACUUGUUUUUUCUUUUGACAUUUGCGAGUUGGAUUUUACAAUUGAAAUUGGCGUAAUUUUUUUUUUUUUUUUUUUUUUUUUU